CCUGUAGGCCCAUCCCUGGUUCCCUGAAGACUAAUUCUUGACCAUGCCAGGGAGAAGCAGGGCCUCAUCUUCCUGCAACAUUUUUGGUUCCCUGACCCGGAAGCGAGGUCUCCCCAGAGAGAACACGCACCUGGUAGUUGCUGCUAAUCCUCUGAACACCGAUGUGGGGGCCCCUGAUUGCCCUGGGCCAAGUGAACCACUGAGCGUGCCAGGGAGGCAGUUUGGCCUCCCUGUGUGGAUGCCUCAACGGGGCUGAGAAAGGACCCCCUUCGGCAGGUCUUCAAGGAGUCAAACACAAGGAGGAACUGGCACCUACCCAGGGAGACGUCUAAGCAAGAUCAUAAUUUGUAAGGAGCUAUCCUACGCAGACCGUCGCUGCUGGUGCUUGGAGGCCGACUCCUACUCUCCUGUUCUACAUUAUCACUUAGGGACUACAGGGGGGGCUUGACCCCUGAAGAUAGAAUUGGGAUGCUACUAUACAGGAGGACCACCCUGCCCUGCCAGGGCCCGUGGGGGUCCACUCUCAGUCAUCCAAGGAAAGCCCCUUUCCCACCACUUCUCUCUGUGGUGGUUAGGGGUGUCCUCCUGUGGGCUGGCUCCUUCUCCCAAGCAGCCUGGGGAGCAGAGACCUUCACUGUAGGGGUGCUAGGUCCCUGGGACUGUGAUGCCAUCUUUGCCCAGGCCCUCCCCAGAGAGGCUGCCCAGCUGGCUGUGGACAGAACCAACCAGGACCCCUCACUGUUGCUGGGCUCGCAGCUGGCUUCUGUGGUUCUCCCCACAGGCUGUCACACCCCUGAUGCCCUGGCCACAUUCCUGGCCCACAAGAACACUGUGGCUGCUUUUGUGGGCCCUGUCAAUCCUGGCUACUGCCCAGCGGCAGCCCUGCUGGCCCAAAGCUGGGGCAAGACCCUCUUUUCCUGGGUGUGUGGUGCUCCAGAGGGAGGAGGUGAAUUGGCACCCACCUUGCCUUCUGCUGCCCAGGUGCUGCUCUCCAUCAUUAGAUACUUUGGCUGGGCUCACCUGGCCAUUGUGUCCUCUCACCAGGACACCUGGGUGGCCAUAGCCCAACAGCUGGCCACAACCUUCAGGACCCAUGGGCUGCCUGUGGGGCUGGUGACCUCUUUGGGACCUGGGGAACAGGGGGGUAUGGAGGUCCUGAAGCAGCUCUGCACCGUGGAUGGCCUGACACGUAAGUACAUUCAGGUGUCUUCCUCCUGUGGGCCGCCUGAACUGCAUGUGGCUACCUUGGGAGCUCCUGGACAUCAGACACUGGUUGUGGUGCUGUGCAUGCACUCAGCACUGUUGGGGGGCUCAGAGCAGACUGCCCUGCUGAGCCAUGCAUGGGCCGAGGGCCUGGCAGAUGGGAGGAUGGUCUUCCUGCCCUACGACACGCUGCUUUUUGCCCUGCCCUACCGCAACCGCUCCUAUCCGGCCCUGGGUGCUGGCGGGCCCCUGCAGAAGGCCUAUGAUGCAGUGCUCACUGUCAGCCUGGAAUCCAACCCUGCAAACGAUGCCUUUACUGCUGCCAGGGUGGGUGGAGAGGUGGCUUCCCACCUGGAGCCAGACCAGGUGUCCCCACUCUUUGGGACCAUCUAUGACGCUGUUGUCCUGCUGGCCCAUGCCCUGAACCGCUCUGAAAGCCAUGGGGCAAGGCCCUCGGGGACUCACUUAGGAGACCACAUAGGAUCUCUGGACGUGGCUGGCUUUAGCCAGAGAAUUCAGACAGAUGAGAAAGGGAGGAGGCUGGCCCAGUACAUCAUCCUGGACACAGAUGGUCAAGGAAGUCAGCUUGUCCCCACUCACAUCCUGGACACAGGCACAUGGCAAGUGCAGCCCCUGGGUAGAGCCAUACACUUUCCAGGAGGAGCCCCUCCAUCCCAUGACUCCAGCUGCUGGUUUGACCCCAACAUGCUGUGUGUGAGAGGUGCACAGCCCCCGGACAGCCUCUCCAUGCUGGCGCUGGCCAGCCUUCUGGUGCUGGCAGGAGGGGCCCUCUGCUGCCUCAUCAGAUUGGGUAUCCAGCAGCUGCGGCUGGUGCGGGGCCCUCACCGGAUCCUGCUGACAGCCCAGGAGCUCACCUUCGUCCAUCGGCCCCCAAGCAGCUGGAGGCUGCAUAUGGGCAGUGAGUCAAGAAGUGUGGCAGAUGAUGGGAGCCUGAGAUCCGUGGCCCAAGGAUCAGCAAGGAGCCUGCCAGCCACUCAGGAGUCCACCAAUGUUGCCCUGUACCAGGGAGACUGGGUGUGGCUGAAGAAGUUUGAAGUGGGCCCAGCCCUUGACCUGCGCCCCAGCAGCCUCAGUCUCCUGAGAAAGAUGCGAGAGCUGAGGCAUGAGAACGUCACUGCCUGCCUGGGCUUUUUCAUGGCCCCUGGGGUUAGUGCUCUGGUUCUAGAGCACUGCCCCCGGGGCAGCCUGGAGAACCUGCUACGGAAUGAGGCCCUGCGGCUAGACUGGACCUUCAAGGCCUCCCUGCUGCUGGAUUUGAUCUGUGGCAUGCGGUACCUGCACUAUCUACGUUUUCCCCAUGGUCGCCUCAAGUCCCGAAACUGUGUCGUGGACGGCCGCUUUGUGCUCAAAGUCACUGACCAUGGCUAUGCAGCUCUCCUGGACGCUCAGCAGGCUCCCCAACCCCAGCCAGCCCCAGAAGAGCUGCUGUGGACGGCUCCUGAGCUGCUGCGGGGGCCUGCAGGCCCCAGGCGGGGCACCCUCAAAGGGGACGUCUUCAGCGUUGGCAUCGUCCUGCAGGAGGUGCUGACUCGAGGCCCGCCCUACUGCUCCUUGGGACUGUCAGCAGAAGAAAUCAUCAAGAAGGUGGCAUCUUUCCCACCCGUGUGCCGGCCACUGGUGUCCCCUGACCAAGGGCCACCCGAGUGCAUCCAGCUGAUGAAGCAGUGCUGGGAGGAGGCUCCAGAGAACAGACCGAGCCUGGACCAGAUCCACACCCAGUUCAAAAGCAUCAACCAAGGCAAGAAGAUCAGUGUUGCUGACUCCAUGCUGCGGAUGCUGGAGAAGUAUUCCCAGAACCUGGAGGACUUGAUCCAAGAGCGGACUGAGGAGCUGGAGCUGGAGAGACAGAGGACAGAAAGACUGCUCUCUCAGAUGCUCCCUCGAUCUGUGGCUGAAGCUCUGAAAAUGGGGACAACUGUGGAGCCAGAGUAUUUUGAUCAUGUUACCAUAUACUUCAGUGACAUUGUGGGUUUCACUACCAUCUCAGCCCUGAGUGAACCCAUUGAGGUGGUGGGCUUGCUCAAUGAUCUCUACACACUGUUUGAUGCUGUUUUGAAAAACCAUGAUGUGUAUAAGGUGGAGACCAUCGGGGAUGCCUACAUGGUGGCAUCGGGGCUGCCUCAGCGCAAUGGGAACCAGCAUGCAGCCGAGAUCGCCAAUAUGGCCCUGGAUAUCCUUAGCUCUGUGGGCAACUUCCGGAUGAGGCACGCGCCUGACGUCCCCAUUCAUAUCAGAGCUGGCAUGCACUCAGGGCCCUGUGUAGCUGGGGUCGUGGGUCUCACGAUGCCUCGGUAUUGCCUCUUUGGGGAUACCGUCAACACUGCAUCCCGGAUGGAGUCCACAGGGCUGCCAUACAGAAUUCAUACUAGCCGAAGCACUGUCCAGACACUGCUCAGGCUUGAUGAAGGCUACAAAAUUGACAUCAGAGGUCAGACUGAGCUGAAGGGGAAGGGCACAGAAGAGACCUACUGGCUGGUGGGGAAGGCAGGCUUCCCCAAACUCCUCCCCAUACCUCCGGACAUCAAACCUGGAGAACCAUGGCAGGACCUCAUAAACCAAGAAAUCAAGGCAGCCUUUGUCAAAGCCCGCCAAGACAUGGCUGGGACCCAGAGCUCAGGGAAGCCUUGGGCCCCAUCUUAAGGAGAGGAGCAGAUGGGGCAAGUGCCGGAGAGUCUUGUACACGGACACGUCUACACCCCUCCCUAAGCCACUUCCUUUAAAGAAUUCCUUGCAGAGCUCUCUGGUGACCAACUGGUGCUCAUUAAUAAGUAUCCUGGAGCGAUAUUAAUUGAUGCAUUUCUGUAUGAAUCCUAGGAGACUAA